CCCCCAGGUCCCAAGGAUUCUGGAUAACAGGUCUCAUACCUGAUAGAACUACUGAAAUACAUGUCCCACCUGCUAGCAUCAUAUAAACUGGCCCAUCUGCCCCCUCACUGCUCAUGCUAGCAAUGACUGAGAAGAGUUCCCACAGCCGCAGCUCCUCUCGGGAGCCUCCACAGAAACAGAGGGAACACACCAAUCAGGCAUCCAAAAGAGAGAAAAAAGCAAGCCAUGGUUCUGGAAGGUCCCGGAGCAGUCAAAACAAAGAAUCUGCCAAGAAUGAUACAAAGGUGUCUGCGGUAGUGGAUGUUGAUGAUGUUGUGGUAUCAGAGGAAGAGACAGAAAUUAUGGCCCUUCUUGAGACCAGCCAGAAAGAUGAGGGUGUGAAGCCUGAAGGAUUCAGAGUAUUUGAAGGGCUGUUAAUUUUCUGUUGUCUUCUGCUGGUCAUCCUUACCUUGCCACUAUCUAUCUGGUUCUGUGUAAAGGUUGUACGUGAAUAUGAACGUGCUGUAAUAUUCCGACUGGGGCGCAUUCUCUCUGGAAGGGCGCGAGGACCUGGUCUCUUCUUUUACUUACCCUGCUUGGACAAGUGCCAUAAAGUAGACUUUCGUUUGAAGACUUUUGAGGUUCCUUUUCACCAGAUUGUGACAAAAGACCUGGUUACUUUGGAUAUUGAUGUAAUCUGUUACUAUCGCUUGGAAAAUGCCUGCCAGUUUCUAACCAGUGUGAGCAACAUCUCCAGUGCUUUCCAGUUGCUGGUCCAGACUACCACAAAACGACUUCUGGCACAUCGAGCAUUCUUAGAUAUCUUACUGGAAAGAAAGAGUAUUGGGGAGGAAGUAAAGGUGGCUCUGGAUGCUGCUACCUGUCACUGGGGAAUCAAAGUAGAAAGAACUGAAAUUAAGGAUGUGAAACUACCAGAAGAGGUAAAGCAAUCUAUCGCAGUAGAAGCAGAAGCACAAAGGCAUGCUAAAGUCAAGGUAAUUGCUGCAGAAGGAGAAAAAACAGUGUCUGAAUACAUUAAGCUGGCUGCUGAAAAACUAUCUGGAUCCCCAACAGCAAUUCAGUUGAGAUAUCUGCACACACUGCAAUGUAUGACUUCUGAAAAACCAUCUACAUUUGUCUUGCCUUUACCCUUUGACUUAAUGAACCUGACCAGGCUGCCUGAGAUCAAUCCAACCCUAAAUGCCCCUAAGUCAGUUAAUGAUACUGAACAAGGCACAAAGAAGGACUCUCCAAUGCUUUAAUUACCAUAAUCAGAUAACAUUAUCAGAAAUGGAUACACUGUCAUAUGCAAACGUCAUCAUUGAUUUAUAUAUACGUAAAACAG